AUGCUAUCCGGCCUCAAGAAUGUUGGUGCUACUUACAUGAGGUUUAUGACGACCAUCUUCCAUGACAUUAUCCACAAAGAGAUCGAGGUAUAUGUAGAUGACCUCAUUACCAAAUCUCGAAAGAGUGCAAAACAUUUGGACGACCUGAAGAAGUUUUUCGAAUGCUUGCGGAGGUAUAAUUUGAAUUUGAAUCCUGCAAAAUGUGCAUUCGUAGUCCCUGCUGGAAAACUAUUGGGUUUCAUUAAGGCCAUCAAAAGACAAGCCUUAACUGACCACCUUGUAGAGAAUCUAGUGGCCAAGGAUUAUGAGCCGCUCACUACAUACUUUCCAGAUGAAGAGGUGUUGUUUGUUGGAGAAAAAAUUGUAGAGUCACACCCAGGAUGGAGAAUGUUCUUCGAAGGAGCAGCAAAUUUUAAAGGAUUCAAAAUUGGUGCAGUCUUAAUUUCAGAAUCGGGACAACAUUAUCCGGCAUCAACGAAGAUAAGGUUCCCCUGCACCAAUAAUAUGGUCGAGUACAAAGCGUGCAACCUCGGGAUUAGGAUGGCGGUCGACAUGAACAUCAAGGAGCUUCUAGUCAUAGGAGAUUCUAAUCUGCUGAUACAUCAAGUUCAAGGAGAAUGGACUACCAAGAAUGUCAAGAUCCUUUCGUACUUGCACUGUGUAAAAGAGUUAUGCAAGAAGUUCACAAAGAUCGAGUUCAAGCACAUUCCUAGGAUCCAGAACGAGUUUUCUGAUUCUCUCGUAACAUUGUCAUCAAUGAUCCAACAUCCAGAUAAGAAUUACAUCGACCCCUAUUGA